CACACUAACCCUACCUGUCCUGUCUCGGUCCCCAGUCUCCCUCCCUCUAGUGUGUGUGGUCCGUUCCAGGACCAGGACUGGGUGAUGCAGACUGUAGAUCAGUGGCUAGCCUCCCUUCAGGCCUCUCAACCCCACUCUGCCUGGCUGGCUUGGAUCAUCAACGUUAUACUACACAGUCAAGUCUUCUACUGCCUCCUAACACUCAUAGUACUGGUGGUGAUGUACUUCCUGUGGCAGGUGACUCAGGGUCGUAAACGUCUCAUCGUGUCUCUACGGGAACAGAUCGUCAACGAGGGGAAGGACAAGGCCUUUCUCCUCAGGAGGUUACAGUGUCUACAGAGACAGGGAGCAGGCAGACCUAGACCACAGGUGCACUUCGAGGAGGAGAGACCGACCAGGCCAGAGUCAGGGCAGCUUAGAGAAGAAGCACGCCCUCCUCCCUCCUUCCAACACCCAUCCCACCCCAUGGAGGCCCCCUCCGUGUUUACUCGGCCUCCCUGGGACAGCUCCCCCAGGCUAGGUAGAGCCCAGCCCCCCAGCCCCCGUGGUGGAGCCAGCCCCAGAGGCAGCCCUGGUCGCCGCCGGAUCCCAGCCAGCAGGCAGGCGUGCUGGGUAGAGGAGGAGCGACCAGCCCCUCCCCUUCCAGAUCCACUGUGGCCAGUCAGGGGUAGAGGAUGGCUUCAGGGAAGGCCCCACGGGGGGCCCAGAUUGGAGCCGCUGCCUGCCCGCGAGGUACCCGUCCUGCCUGGGUCGGUGCCUGAGAGCGCCCCCCCUCCCCCACGGAGACCAGGGUCCAGCAGAGCAGAGGUGAACCAGGGACAACAUCAGUCCUAGCUAGACUCAGAGAGAGGAUAGGAGCCCACAUCAACUGUCGGGCUCAGACAUGGCCUGCUUCCAAAAUGCCACCCUAUUCCUUAGGACUCAGGUCAAAUGUAGUGCACUAUGUAGGGAAUAGGGUGCCAUAGAGCUCUGGUCUAAAGUAGUGCACUAUGUAGGGAAUAGGGUGCCAUAGAG